CAUUGAUAAGCUAAUCAAUAAUCAGCCAUGAAGUUUCCAGAUGUUUUUGUUUUCUUGGCCUUGUUAGCGGGUUCGGGGGCCAAUGAACAGGAGAAAUUUACCGAAGAGCUAUUUAUUCGGCAAACCUCUACUGGCCACAUUUAUUCUCAUUUUCGGUUUCUCACUCUUUGGGAAACAGAUAUCAGGGAUGCUGAUGCGCGUGCGCACUUUCGACUCUUUCCGCGCACUCUUGGUGAUAUUCUUGCCACCUUUAGAGUUCAAGAACUUAAACUUGCACUCACGCAGGGAUUUUGGCGAACUGAAAAGUGGGGAUAUCCAGUAGAAUCAGCUCCUCCGGGGGGAAUGGUUGUGGCAAGGUUUCUGCCAAGUGUAGAGAAUGUAGACGAGGCCUGGUCUGGAUUAACCAGCUCUCUUGCUGGUCUUCUCUGCGCAUCCUUAAAUAAAUUGGAUCAAAGAGAGGCGAUUCAACCAGAGUACACCUUCUCUAACGAGGGGAUUUCCGGAGAUGGUCUUUCAUCGAAUUCUUCUUAUUUAAGAUAUGGCCUUCUGCCACGUGAGAACAUGUGCACUGAGAAUCUGACUCCUUGGAAGAAGCUUCUGCCCUGUAAAACUAGAAGAGGUUUAGCAACCUUGAUCAACUCAGGACACAUGCAGAAAUAUAGUUCUUACCAGUCUAUUGGACUUAGUAUUAGGCCUGUUUGUAUCGAUCCUGCCUGUUCUACGCCUAGUAUAGAACUCAAGCAAACUAUGUCUGUUGUAUUUGAUCCUGUAAUCAUGAAUAGGAAAGCUGACAAUGUAAACUGGAGUUUAAAACAGAUGUUUGGUAUUGGGUUAACCCCAUCCUGUCCUCUCUCCCAUACAAGCACAGCAUUCAUCGAUGUCACAGAUGCUGGAUACAAUUUGGAACCCCCACCUCAAAAAGUUCUGGAUUUUGGAGGAGGGAAACCUAGAAAAAUUGGUGUUUAUGAUCUUAAAACAUUCUCCGAGGAAGGAAUACGAGACAUCAGAGCUGUAUAUCCUAAGGCGCAUAUUUACGGGGUGGUUCGAAGCCUUCCUGUUCAAGUUUCUAGGCAUGUAGUUGGAACAGGACAGGAGAGAGGAGGAAUAGUCACUACCAUAAAGAAUACCUGUUCUACUCCUCUAACAGGUGUUUACCUGGACCUGGUUCCCUGGUAUAUCAGGGUAUACCUUCACACCCUUAGAGUUGAAGUGAAUGGAGAGAAAAUUAGCCCGGAGAGAGUAGUUUAUAGACCUGGACAGGACAGAGUUAAACCAUAUCAUCUAGAGAUGGUACUCAAACUACCCCCAAGAUCUACCACCACAAUAACAGUAGAGACAGAGUAUUCUGUAUUAAGAUGGACUGAAUACCCUCCAGACGCUAACCAUGGAUUCUAUAUUGGUUCUGCUGUACUCACUACUAGACUUCCACAGGAUAGUAGGAGCAAUGCUACCUUUACACAUAGGAUGGAUUCUAGCUUGAAUUAUAUAUUCUGGGGAAAUCCUGAGACUGACUCAGUUCUUAACAUAUUCACGGAGACUCUCCUGGUAACAAUGCCUACCCCUGACUUCUCUAUGCCGUACAAUGUUAUCUGCUUGGCCUGCACUGUGGCGGCUCUAGCUUUCGGACCAAUCCAUAAUAUUACAACCAGGAGUCUGGUUUUAGUUCCUCCAGAGGAGGAGGAGAAAUCUCUCCUGGGUAAACUCUUGGCUCCGUUAUUAUCUCUAUUUUCCUCAAUACUCGGUAAGACAAAAAGUGCGAAGAUCGACCAGCCAGCGGAAUCGACAGAAUCGACAGAACCAACAGAAUCUAAAGAUAAAUAACAGUCUUGUUAACACUUUUGUGACGCGAAUAUUCUUCAUAUAAUGCGCAAUAAUAAAUAGAAAUUGCAUCAGUCCUGGAGAAUUUGUACAAUAACAUUGAUUUAUUGCGAUUUUGAAAUAAAGCUUUUAUUGUUUUUCAAAGAAAUUUCAUCGAGGUAAAUUUAUUCUCGUAUUUUUAGAAGUGCUGUGAUUCGUUUUGAUGUUUUCUUAUAAUUGAAAAUAAAACUAAAGUAGUAAA